UUACAACACAGUAUCACCGAGGAAACGUCCAUCAAGCGAGUCCCCGCCCACUUUACAUAUAAAUAUGGGAUUUACCUUUAUCUUGCGUAGUAUAUUUGAUUGACAAAAGUGAAACCUGUCUCAAUGCUACCCGGAACUGUAAAUAUGGUCAAAUUGGUCAGAAAAUGAAGUGGUUACUGUCCGUUACGUUCGUCAGCUGUUUGAGAGUCGGGGUGGGGAGCCAGCUUCAGGCCUGUGGCUCUGCCCUCACCGAUAUCCUAUCCUUGGUCUGUAGGAACCAGUUCCACGCUCCAGCUAAGAGGAUCAGUGAUCCAAUGAUUAAUGAUAUCGAGGAACUGGCCAGAUAUAAAAGAAGUCGGCAGUUUGCAGUGGCUCAGAAAAGAGGGGGCGUGGUCGAAGAAUGCUGUUUUUCAAGUUGUUCCUAUGAGAAUCUCCUUCUUUAUUGCUCACAGAGCGUUGAUCCACUAGACGUGUUUACCGCUGCGCGAGUUGGAUCGUCAUCAACAACAACUCAACGACCCAUAACGACAACAUCCACCCCCACCACAACAACCCCGAUAUCAGUGCUUACAGUGACAGAGAAUAAACCGGAGGACCAGGCGGAACUGGACGAGAAAGCUGCCGCUGCGGCUGCGUGGGCGUUGUCUAGGAGAUGGUUCUACGUGAACAGAUUGGGGAGAUUUCGGGGACAGGUCGGGAGGCGCAUAAUCAAUAUGUGAUCAGGGAAAGCCAUCAGCGAUUGGAUUACUUGUUAAUGCCAGGAAUUAGUGAUAAUGCUAUGGACAUCUGCUUGUAUUGCAGACACGGCUAAUGACCUUGUCUAAAGAAAAAAAUUGCAGCGAAUUGAUUCUUACCUAUAUGUUUCUUCUGAUGCCAUUUGUUGCAUAUUUCUAUAUCAUUGUUGCGCAACAUAUAGAUUUUUUCCCUUCGUUCCAAACUUGCUGGCAAUUUUCGAUAUACAUAAGGCAUAUAGAUGUUAAUUAUAAGUUUAGGGUAGUCUUUGAUCGAUUCAUUAAAGAGUACUUGCAUUUUGUCUUUCAUGCCAAGAGUUAUCUGUUGGGGAUAAUGGAUGCAGUGAAGUGCCAAUAUGAUCCCUGCAAGUAUUUCUACAUCCUGAAUUUAAAAAAAUAAAUAAAUAAUUGAUUACUCUACAAAUUUUGGGAAAUUUUAUAACCUGAGUUUAAAAAUUCAAUUUCAUUUUCAAUUUGAGUCGUAACAAACAUUUUUUUACCACAUGACAAAUAAUUUUUCACUCGCUAACAAGAAAAAUACAUAAUUUAAUUGAUUGAAUUGAGUUUUUUCAGAAAAACUAUCUAUUUUGGUGCAAUUUAACUAUAAAGAGUACACAGUGGGUUGAAUUACUGAAACAGUGCUGUGGAAAAUUUCUCUCCAUUAGAAUAUCCAUUUAAAGUUUUUGAUGACAUGUUUCUUUAUUUUUUUUUUAAAUAUACUUACAUGAUUUGGUUGAAAAAAAAUCUAUAGAAUAGGUCUACGGAUAUGCUAAAGAUGUGUUUUUGUUGAUUUCGUUGUAUUUAUCUUUGCUAACGUACGUCAGCUUGUGUUUUGUGUCUCGCUCGAUCAUAAACAUGACGUCACAUUCAGUUUAUUUUCUUCAUCUUAAUAUAUUUACCUGAUAAUUGUGACAUUCAUAUGAAAUGUAUAAUUUUCAUACGUAAACAUAUUUAUUGAUAUUUCCAUGCUUACAUAAAGUUUCAAAAUAAAACGUUAAACGAC